GCCUCUGAUAAUAUUUCUUGGUUGGAAAUCUAAUCAUUUACAUUCCAUCAUUUGUCUGCAUGUAUUCCAAAUUACAUUUGAAUCGGAACAUUUCUUUGGAGCGUCCCGCUUGGUUUUUCAAGGGUUUUGUCAGUCAGUGCAUUUUUGGGUUGGGCCCGUGUUUCCAGACCCUAGCAACGCCUCUAGAAACACAUGUAAAGGUGCAGGAUGUUGAAAGAAGCAGCAGCAGGCUAUGCUUUAUUUUUUGCCAGCAGUGUACAGCCUCCAGAUUAUUGCGUGACCGUGCGUGUGCGCGCUUCCCGCACCUCUCUCCCUCUCCUCUGUUUCUCAGCAGCAGACACGCAUCCAUGGAGCGCUCCAGCAGCCACCCGCAGCCUCACCGCCUCGGAAACCAGAUUUUAACAUGACAUUAGGAGACAAACCUGCUCUCUAAAACAAGAGCUUUCAGUGCGGUUCGGUCCGUUCUGCCUCACAGAACCUCCCUGGUAUCAUUGCGCAACUUUCUACCCCCUGCUUCACUUCGGGGAGGUUAAAGCUCCUUCCCUGGAAUCACAGGAGCUUCUGGUUCAUCCUUGUUCUGAUUCUGUGGAGGCUUCGGGAGGCAGGAAGAAGUGGGGAAUCCUAUGGAUGAGGCAGCCGAACAGGCGAUGUCUCCGCUGGGUAUCCGACACCGGGAUGGAGCGACGCCGAACCAAAGGAGGGUGAAGGCGAGACGGAAAAGGCGAAAGGAGCUGGUUUUAAUCCAGAUCUGCUUGUUCGGAGGAUUUCUGCUGGCAGCGAAGGGCUUUUCAUACUUUAAGGAAAAUCCAGAUUUUGAUGCCUCGAUUGAGGGUGAAGAGAGACGUGUAGGACGAAAGCUUCUGCAGGAGAUGUACAACAGCAGCCAGGAGGAAGUGGAGAUUGAUGAAGAACCUAAGAACUGCACCACUCCAGCUCUGCACGAGUUUCCAACUGACUUCUUUACAAACAAAGAGAGAACCGAGGGAGCUGUGGCCCUGCAUGUGCUUUGUACUGUCUACAUGUUCUGCGCUCUGGCGCUGGUCUGUGAUGACUACUUUGUCCCUUCACUGGACAAGAUCUGUGAGCGUCUCCAUCUGAGUGAGGACGUGGCAGGAGCGACCUUCAUGGCAGCUGGCAGCUCAGCUCCAGAGCUCUUCACCUCUGUUAUCGGCGUGUUCAUCACCAAAGGUGAUGUGGGUGUAGGGACAAUCGUGGGUUCGGCCGUCUUCAACAUCCUCUGCAUCAUCGGUGUGUGUGGCUUCUUCGCUGGCCAGGCUGUGAAACUGUCUCAUUGGGCUCUGCUUAGAGAUUCCAUCUAUUACACAUUUUCCAUCAUAGCGCUGAUUGUGUUCAUCUAUGAUGAGAAGGUGUGCUGGUGGGAAUCUCUUGUCCUGAUCCUCAUGUAUGCUGUCUACAUCCUCAUCAUGAAGUUCAAUGGAAAGGCUCAUCGGUAUUUCAGCCAAAGAAAGAAGGGCUCCGGGAACCUGGCUAACGGGCUUACGGGAAGCACGGAUCUGGAGGAUAAUGUCUCAUAUGAUGCGACUGCAGUUCUGCUGAAGAAAGCGAACUUCCACUGUACGCCGUCGGUGCUGAUGGUCGACGAGCUGCUCUCUGCGUACCCCCACCAGCUGACUUUCUCCGAGGCCGGCAUGCGGAUCAUGAUCACCAGUCAUUUCUCCCCUAGAACCCGUCUCACCAUGGCCUCCCGUAUGCUCAUCAAUGAGAGACAGAGGCUUAUCAAUACCACAGAAACUCGGGUUAACUGCAUCACCAACGGCGACUCAGACUCCACUGCCCGAGUUCUGGGGAGGCGGGUCUUGGAGAAUGGGAUGGGUGCAGCUGAUCAAGGGUUCAAUGGGCGGUGCAGCCUGCAGCGGCUGGAGUCGGGUAACGAGACAGAAAACGAGGACAACGAGAACAACGAGAAUGACGAGGAAGGAGAGGCAGAAGAGGACAACGAAGGUCCUCUGGUGCCAUUUAAAGUCCCAGUGGGCAUCUGCACCAAACUAAGGUGGCUGAUCAUGUGGCCGCUGUCCCUGCUCCUCUUCUUCACCAUACCCAACUGUGCCAAGCGGCGCUGGGAACGGUGGUUUAUGGUCUCCUUCUUCACUGCCACCAUCUGGAUCGCUGGCCUCUCAUACAUCAUGGUCUGGAUGGUGACUGUGAUUGGCUUUACUCUCGGUAUUCCUGACGUCAUCAUGGGAAUCACCUUCCUGGCGGCGGGCACCAGCGUCCCAGACUGCAUGGCCAGCGUGAUCGUGGCCCGGCAAGGUUUGGGAGACAUGGCCAUCUCGAACUCCAUUGGCAGCAAUGUGUUUGACAUCCUGGUGGGUCUGGGUCUUCCAUGGGCGCUGCAAACCCUCUGCAUCGACUAUGGCUCCAACAUCCAUCUUAACAGCAGAGGACUCAUAUUCUCUGUAGGAAUUUUACUUGCCUCAGUAUUCUUCACAGUUCUUGGUGUUCAUCUGAACAAAUGGACUCUGGACUGGCGACUGGGCCUAGCCUGCCUCAUCAUGUAUGCUAUCUUCCUGUGCUUCUCUGUUCUUAUUGAGUUCAACGUCUUCAUUUUCGUCAACCUCCCCAUGUGCAGAGACAUCCACUGACCUCCAUCCUCCUCUGCCUCCUCCUCCUCCUCUUUAUCAUCGUACUCUGGCUUGUGGAGGGAGGAAAACUCACCCGGGUUCCAGUUUGUUGGCGCCCUGGAAUGGAAUCCGACCUUUUCUUUGUUUAGGGAACCACAGCUUUGUUUGAAACAUCUUGGGUGAAACAUGAAAGAUAAAAGAAGACACAGAAGGUUUGGGUUUGUUUCUGGAACCGGAUUGGAGGGUCAAAGAUGGCGUCCCAGCGGCAGAGAGUGUUUCCAGUUGCGUCGGGAACCAAACCGUUUUGGCUGAAGUGAACCCAACUGUUUCAGCACGGACAGUUAGGCUUCUGCUAGCGAGCUAGCAGCUACUGUAACUGGGAGGAGAAGAGAGAGGAAUCAGCGAUUUUUAGCUGCUUUGUUUGCUACUCUUUGUAACAAGUUUGGGUAUAAGCACAAGAUUAAGGUAUUUUUAAGUGAAAUAGAGAUUUCUCUGUAUAUAUUUGAUGAUUAUAUAGGUGCAUAUUUUAACUGAUGACAUGGAGUCUAUUCUGCACAAUCAAAGGACCCCUAUGAAAUAUUUAAGUCAUAUUUGGUGUUGCUUCAACAUGUCCCCCAUGCUCGGCACACACCAACAUUGCAUGCUGUUUGCCACAGCUGUCGCUUCGCACUGAGAGAGAAUUUACAUAUUUAACACUAUUAAUAUAUAGGUUGUUUUCCUCCAUAUCCAAGUAGAUGUACUUUUACCAAACCGACAAGUGAAAGGGACCUACUCCAGCACUGUCACUUUAAUGUAGAGAGAUAUAUUUCUGUUAACCUAUCAAAGACUGGUCUACAGUUUUCUGGAAAUGUGUACCUGCUGAAGGUAAAGUUCCCCGUAGACCUCCUGUUAGGCGUUUAGUUGCAGUUGUUUAAAACCAAAAAGUAUUUUUAGAGUAAUGGUCAUAGAUUGAGCGUGCGUGGAUUAGAGGAUGAGUGAGUGUGUGUGUGGGUGGAUGCCACUGUUGCUGGGAAGACAUCAUCAUAAUUUAUUUAUGAAUUAACUUAUUGAAAGAUUAUGUCUGAAUAGCAGUGUCAGUGCUCUCCGUGGUGUACAGUGAACUCUGAGGCUUGCUCUUUCCUCUACGAUGCACUGCACCUAAUUAUAAACUACUGACUUGAUGUUGUUUAUAUAGAUCUCUAUAAUUUAUAAGUCUUGUACAGUUUAGUUCAAACACAUGAGACAUUGUGGAACAUUCUCCUCCUCCUCAUGUUAAAUUAGUGAUGAAUUGAGGCCAUAAAAGAUUCAUUUGAGGAGAACAGGAAGUGAUAACAUGCCGACAUUCGAGCUUUUACAACAUAUUAUUCCUCUGCCGUCUCUUAUAUGUCUGGCUUUAAUGCCGGAGGAGCUUUUCUUCUGCAAGAAAAGUUUCUGUCAGAAGUUAGGAUACAUUUUUAGGUUUUUCUGAUUUAUUGGAACUGUUUCUUUUCAGGGUGGGAUGAUUACUUAUAAUUAAACUGCAAUGAUUUUUAAAAAAGAAAAACCUGCCAGAGUUCAUCUCCACAUUAUUGGUCAACAUUUUAUAUUUAGGCUCAAAUAUAUAUAAACACCACCACUAAUUGUUUAAAUGUGAAACUGCACACCUUUGGCUGAGGGUGUAUAGAUCUGUUGCAUCUCAGUGGUUCUCCUGCUACAAUAAGGCAGACAGCAACCCCCCUGCAGAGGAUAGUGAGGGGAGCUGAGAUGAUUGGAGUGUGCCUAUGCUCUACUGCAGGAACAUUGUCAGACACUCCUCACACCCUCUGCUUGAACUUUCUGAACUGCAAACAGUACCACAACAUUAAAAGCAGAACCAGCAGACUGCUGCACAGCUUUCAGCCUGAGGCAGCUGUUAUUUUCUAUCUAUUUAAUAAUUUCACACCAGAAAGAAACACUCUCUCAUUUUGUUGUUUGUUGUAAUUUUUUUUUUGUAUACGAUGAACUGCCAAUAAUAGAAAUAUAAGCCAAUAAGCUGAAUAACUUGUACUAUUAUAAAAAUGUUUGAUCUUUUGAGCCUGCAGUUGUUUAGAGAGAGCUUCCAAAAUACUUUUUCUAUAAAUCUAGAGUUCUCUUCCCUAAAAUCUCCACUGACUUCCUUUGAGUCUUUUAGUGUUUUUGCAUGUUGUGCUGCCAGAUAAUUUCUAUGAUUAACUCUGACGAUUAGGUCAAUGUUUGUAUACAUUUGAGCCUGAUUGGAUAAGAAAAAAUCCUCAAUAAAUUCAAAUUUCAGCAUUUAAUAUAUGUUGUCUUCAAAGUCAUUGCAGUUUUUUGUUGUUUAGCUGGUAAAAAAAACAGUUCAAGUAAAUCAUCACAGGCCUAAAAGUGUUAUUAAUGCCCAUGAUGGAACUUAUUAAUGCAGCUGUUUUGACAUAAUAAAACAUAAUAAUUUUCCACAGUAUAACUCUUGUUUCAGCAUGUGUUUAAACUAAAUAUGGAAGUUUUUUGGUAUUUAUUUUUAUAAGAGAUUUAAACUGAGCGCAUCUGAUGAUGUGCUGGUGCUCUCCUAGCAGCCACCAGAGGGUACUGUUGAGCAUCCUUACACAUUAAGUGAAGCGCUAGAUUGGGUUUAUUUUCCAACACAAAGACAAAUACAGAUUCUUUUGCAUGCCUCUAUAAAUAUUUAAUUGUUUUGUGUACUUUCAAUGCAUUUCUAACACCAAGAAGGCACUGACUGCUUGGAUUAUGCUGUACAUAUCAGGGGAAACAUGCUACUCUGAACUCAGACUGUUGAGUAUUUUAUGAUGAGCUGUAAACAGUUUUCUUUAGUACGUAGAUCUGCAGCAGUUAGUUCCCAGUUUAUUAUUGUUGUCUAAAGUCUUUUGAAUUGUUUGUAAAAGCUCCAUUUAUGUUGAUAAUUGACCUCUGGGAAGAACCAGAAGGAGAAGAAAAAUGUUCUCGCAAUAAACUGACUUACAUAAGCAA